GUUGGUGUUUCAGACUCUGCAAGCCCUAAGGGUUCAGGUUACCAUGGCAUCUGGUCCCAACAUGGAGGCUCCUGUGUGCCUAGUGGAAAAUGAGAAUGAAGAAAUGAGGGUGAAUCCCAAAGCAAUAAACAUUCUUGAGAGGAUCACUCAGCCUGUAGUGGUCGUGGCCAUUGUAGGACUAUACCGUACGGGAAAGUCCUACUUGAUGAACCGCUUGGCAGGACAGAACCAUGGCUUCAAUCUGGGCACCACAGUUAGGUCUGAAACUAAGGGCAUCUGGAUGUGGUGUGUGCCUCACCCCAGCAAGCCCAAGUUCACACUCGUGCUUCUGGACACAGAGGGCUUAGGUGAUGUGGAAAAGGGUGACCCUAAGAAUGACUCGUGGAUCUUUGCCCUGGCUGUGCUUCUGAGCAGCACCUUUGUCUACAACAGCAUGAGCACCAUCAACCACCAGGCCCUGGAGCAGCUGCACUAUGUCACAGAACUGACAGAGCUGAUCAGGGCAAAGUCCACUUCACGAUCUGAAGAAGUGGAUGACUCUGAUGAGUUUGUAAGUUUCUUUCCAGACUUUAUCUGGACUGUUCGAGAUUUCGUUCUGGAGCUGAAGUUAGAGGGACGUGUCAUCACAGCAGACGAGUACCUAGAAAAUGCCCUGAAGCUGAUCCCAGGCAUGAGUAUCAAAUCCCAGAAAGCUAACUUGCCUAGGGAGUGCAUCAGGCACUUCUUUCCAAGACGGAAGUGCUUUGUCUUUGAUCGACCCACAAAAGACAAAGAACUUUUAGUGCAUGUUGAGGAAAUGCCAGAGGACCAGUUGGAUCACAGUUUCCAAGUGCAGUCAAAAGAAUUCUGUUCCUACAUCUUCUCCAAUUCGAAGCCCAAGACCUUGAAAGAGGGAAUCGUUGUCAAUGGAAACCGACUGGCGACUCUGGUGACGACCUACGUGGAUGCUAUCAAUAGUGGAGAAGUGCCGUGUUUAGAGAACGCAGUGACAACCCUGGCCCAGCGUGAGAACUCCAUAGCUGUGCAGAAGGCAGCUGACCACUACAGUGAGCAGAUGGCCCAGCGAGUGAGGCUUCCCACAGACACGCUCCAGGAGCUGCUGACUGUGCAUACAGCCUGUGAGAAGGAAGCCAUUGCUGUCUUCAUGGAGCACUCCUUCAAGGAUGAGAAUCAGCAAUUCCAGAAGAACUUGGUGGUCACCAUAGAGGAAAAAAAGGAAGAUUUCUUGCGACAGAAUGAAGCAGCAUCUCUCAGUCACUGCCAGGCUGAGCUGGACAAGCUCUCAGAGUCCCUGAAGGAGAGCAUCUCACGUGGAGCUUUCUCUGUUCCUGGGGGUCACAGGCUCUACUUGGAGGCCAGGAAGAAGGUUGAACAGGACUAUGAGCGGGUGCCCAGGAAGGGAGUGAAGGCAAAUCAUGUCCUUCAGAGCUUCCUACAGUCACAGAUUUUCAUAGAGGACUCCAUUAUGCAGUCAGACAAAGCCCUCACUGAUGGCCAGAAGGCCAUGGAAGCUGAGCGAGCUCAGAAGGAGGCAGCUGAGAAGGAGCAGGAGCUACUAAGACAGAAACAGAAGGAGAUGCAGCAGGUGAUGGAAGCUCAAGAGAGAAGCUACAAGGAAAAUGUGGCCCAGCUGCACGAGAAGAUGGAGACAGAAAGGAAGAACAUCCUGAGAGAGCAAGAGGAGAAGCUGAAACACAAGUUGAAGAUUCAAGAAGACAUGCUUAAUGAGGGAUUUAAAAGGAAAUGUGAAGCAAUGGAUUUGGAGAUAAGUCAACUACAAAAAGAGAUUCAACUAAAUAAGGAGAAGAAUAGCUCAUUGGGUGCACAAAUCCUUGAUGGGUUUGGAGAUGUAUUAAUUUCAGCAAUGCCUGGUUCUGGUAAGUACUUUGGUCUAGGGUUGAAAAUGUUAAGCAGCCAAAUGAAUGAGACAAAGAAUUCAGGCAAAGUUAGAAAACUCUAGGUAUAGCUUUCCCCCACCUCACUGAGACUUACUUUUGAAGUCCAUCUCACUUUAAUUUCAUUUAUCAAGUUUCAAAAACCAAGAAUAUAGGUCACUCUCUAUAAAUUAAUGGCAAGGCCCCAUUGCUGAAAACAAAUGUAUACAACUCAUUGAUCGAUGAGAACUCAAGCUGGUGCCCACAGAUCCUUCUCCUUAAAUGCGAACGUCUUUGGCACAGAAUGACACUCUGCAUGCUACCAAAGGAAAAACACAAUUGCCAGCCCAGCCACAAGCCCUUUGAUCUACAAUGGCAUCCUGCCUGCAAAUUAUGCAAAUGCAAUGGUGGCACAAACUGUGGGAGUAACUAACCAAUAUCUGACUUGAUUUAAGACCAACUCCACGGGAUGAAACCCAUGUCUACACUGCCUGGGUGAUCCAGAACCUAGAUCAGAUAGCCCAGCGAACCUUGAGUAAAACCAAAUACUAUUGUUGUAUUUAUAAAAAAAGUAGCAAUAUAAUGACUUCCUGACACUCUGCAGUACUCAUUGAUCAGUGCCUUGCUCAGCCAUCAUCACAGAAGCUUCCCCCUGCCACAGAUGGGAACAAAUGCAGAGAGGCCCACAGCCAGACACUGUACAGAGAGAGAAUGAGAGUCUUGGGAACACUCAACCCUAAGUAGGGUGUCUUUAUCAAACCCCUCCCCUCGGGGCUCAAGAACACUGUGAAAGAGGAAACAAAAACUAUAACAGCCAGAGAGGACGGAAAGCACCAAGAAAAACACCCGCCUCGCGGGGGCUGGAGAGAUGGCUCAGAGGCCAAGAGCACUGGCUGCCCUUCUGGAGGUUCCUGGUUCAGUUUCCAGAAUCCACAUGGCAGUUCACAAAUGUCUAUAACUGUGGUGCCAGGUGAUCUGACACCCUCAUACAGACAUACAUGCAAAACAAAAACAAAAAGCAAAAAAAAAAAAAAAUCAAACAAACCCCAAAUAAUCAACAAAAAUACCAAUCAAGCAAGCAAACAAAAAACAACCAAAACCAAAACCAAACAAAACAAGCUAACCAAGGAAUCAUUAAAAAAAAAAAAGAAUGCCCACUGAACCAAUAUGAUCAAUGUACAUAGGAACUCACAGAGACAAAGGCAAGGAUGCACAGGCCUGCACAGGUCUGCACUAGUUGGGGUUCUAGGGCUGAAAAGAAAAGUGGACACACGCCCUCAUCUCUGACACAGAAGCAAUCUCCAAUUCAUAACCACUUACAAAUGGAAAUUAAUCUUACUCCAAGAGAGUUUCUCCAUCUCAUGGAAUGGGCUGCCUGACGCCACAGUUAUUUUCCUUCAUGGACUGGGAGACACUGGGCAAGGAUGGGCAGGAGCCAUUGGUUGCAGGCGGCAGAACAUCCCACAUCAGGCACACCUGUCCACAUGACACCCGAUAUGCCUAUUACAGUCAACAUGAAUAUGACCAGGCCUUCUUGGUUUGAUAUUGGACUUUCUGCAGAUUCCCAGGAGGACGAAUCUGGAAUUAAACAGGUGGCAGGGAAUGUAAGAGCUUUGUGAUAGAUCAGAGGUGAAGGAUGACAUUGCUUCUAACAGCAUUAUUUGGGGAGGAUUUUCUCAGGGAGGCAGUUGAUUUUUUUUUUUAAAUCAUGCUCUUAAGACACAGCAAAAACUGCAGGACACCAAUGGGCUCAGUUGCUGGCUUCCACUUCCGGCUUCUUCUCCACAGGGUCCCAUCAAUACCAUUAACAGAGAUAUUUUUUGUUCUCCAGUGCCAUGGAGAUUAUGACUCUUUAGUUCCCCUAACAUCGGUUCUCUUCCUGUUGAAAGACUAGCAGCAUUGGUAAAUCCAGUCAAUGUAACCUUCAAAGCUUUGGUACACAGCUGUUGUCUGCAGGAAAUGAUGGAUGGAUGGCAAUUCAUUGAUAAACUUCUACCUCCAGUGAUUGACAUUACUAAGAGCCUCGUGUAGACGUUGGCUGGCAUCACUGUAGUAGAGUAUAAACAUUUUCCCAUGCCUGAUGGGAAAACUUCUAAUGUUGCAGUGUUAAAAUGAUUUACAAAUACAUACCAGUGAGACAGACUAAAUGAGGUCUUCCUCAUGGGAAAUGUAUGAUCCUUUAAAUUUCUACAACACAUAUCAGUAUUAUACAAUCCAGAAUAUCUAAGUGUUAAAGAAGGAAAAGUAAGCAGCUAGCUUUUUUUUUUCUUAAAUUAAUCCAUCAGUCUUAAUACAUCAUUUGAAAAGUGACUAAUAAGCUCACUGGAAAAUAUUUCAGGUCUAAACAAGCCAUUGGGAUGUAAAUGUCUUCUUAAUUUUGUGAAUUAGACUAUAAUUUUACUCCACAAUUUUAUGGUCUCCAUGCAGUGUCUAUAUUUUCAUAUGUGUAUCCACAUAUACAUGAUUAUAAUACAUAUGAAUUAGAUGGUAUUAUAAUAUCCUUAAUACUAGGGAUAAUGCUUUUAGAGCAUCAGAGAAAAAGUAACGCUGCUCUCUUCAGUUAAUGGCCCUUUUAGUGUGGAAAGCAGGCCUUUCUUUUUCUGCUAUUUCAUUUUUUCUUCUCUCGAGAAACAAAAAAUGGUUGGUUUCUUUCUAUCAUGAUUUCCUAUAGAAGUCCAAUAUUGCCUCUUUGCCAUAAAACCUACCAAUAUAUACUAUAAUUUUACAGUUUGAAACAUAGACAUUGUAUUUCAAAUCUAGGGGUAAUGUGAAAAAACAAACAUUACUAAGAUUACAUAUUAAAUAAUCGCACCUCAGUCCAGCUUUAGACUGCAGAGUUAUCAGAAUCGUCAGCCCUGGUGAUAAUUCUGUGGUUUUAUUGUUUGGUAAAGAGCGGAAAGAGUAAAUAAAGCCUUAUUAUGUUAAGAAAUAAACACUGAGGAUCAGUUUUGAAGGCUAAUUCAAAACAGUUACAACUUACAGAAGAGUUUGGAUUUACAGCUUCUGUACCUAUGCUAUGCUUAAAUGCAAAUACUGUUCAAAAGGAGCACUUAAAACGUUUUAUUUUCAUCUGGUCAUGAACUAAUUAGAAAAGUUCAUUUUAGGUGAAAAAAAGUUUUUGAGAAUAAGUCUCCAGUGCGUACAUUAAAAUAACAAUAAAUUGAGUUUAAAUAGUGUCCUGAAUAUUGAUGAAAAUUAUUUAAAUUAAUUUACGGGUAAUAAAGACUGAUUAGAACACACACAUAAACACACAUACACACACACUAUACAUAAAACAGCUGAAUACAUACAAAACUAUGGUUAUUGAUGAGCUGUUGCUUUUGUUGCCUUUCUUGCUGUUUAUUAACUGACAAAGACCAUGCUAAAAAUCAUCUUUAUGAAUGGGUGCUAGCUGAUGGGCAGAUCAUUUGUAUGGGCUAGAUAAAAUGUUAAUAAUGAAGCCAUGUGCUCAGGUUUGAAUUGAAAACAAGUUUUUUUUUAAAAAAAUCACUUGCUAUUUUGCUUUCCUUUGAAGAAUAUAAACUUAUUUCAGUUAGAUCAUCAGUAAAGUUUUAUCUGGGCUAAGAAAAUUUCCAUUGAGUUCUUGUGGUGUAAUGUGGGAAAAUGUCAUGUUUUUCACAGUUUCCAUCAAUGUGAAAUAAAAUUUAAUUCUGGCAAAAAAGUCUA